AGAGCUGGAGCACAAGCAUUCAACUCAGAGCAAAUUUUACCUUUCCAAAACUCAAUGGUGAUGGCGUUCUGAUCUUUUUUCUGUGAUCAUGGCCGUUGCGUUCAACAUACCCUUGGUGAGAGAUGACCUUGUUGGUCAUGGAAGCGGGUACAAGGUGCGAGAACUCGUUUCCACUGAAUACUUGGCCACGAAAGUCACUGAUGCUUGGAUGGGACUGAGGUCUGGUGGUCCAGAGAAUAUUUUUGGAUCGUUUGACACUCUUUUCAGCCUUAUCAGUCACUUCCCAUCUGUCAAUUCUGAGGUUCGUGCACGCGGCUGGAAGGCUAUAGUUGGUGUAUCGUCAGAUUUGCUAAGAGAGUUGACUUCGAUUCUGUCAAAGAGUUCAUCGCCAGGUGAUCGUCAGAAAUGGCAAAUCAUCCUCAAGAUGACCGUCUACCUGCUUGUACAGUUCAUUGGGUGUUUCGAGAUGCAGGCUACCCAAGCACCUAUCACUACCGGUGCAACGACAAAGGGUCGAAAGGGCAAGAAGAAGACUGCGGCUUCAGCUGGAGGCGAGAUGUCUUGGGACACACAGCGUGGUGAAGGACUACGUGUGCUGCUGCAGAUCUGUCAGCUCGAUUUACCACAGCUGUGGGAGACACCAGUGGUUGAAGUGGAGUUUGUGAAUCUGGUGACGGAAUGCUGCUACAAGCUUCUGGAGAACCCAGCAUCGACGAAGGACAAGGAUGUGCGUGACAGCAUCUUCCAUCUUCUUGGCAUCUUCAUUCAGAACUAUAGCCAUGCCCUUGGUGCCAGUUUGAAGAUUGUACAGCUACUGCAACACAUCGGUGAGCACCUGGCCACACCCAUGGCCAUCGCCAUGGAGCUGUUUGUAAAGGAGUUCAACGGCAAAGUGGUGGUCACGGAAGCUAUCCGAGAAAUCACUCGUAUGGAUGGCAGUGAACUGGGUAGAGACACAAGCAGUAGCAGAGCGCUGGGUAUCUUCCUCAUUGAGACCGCCGAACGUGUCCCAGCUGUUAUUCUGCCAUCAAUCAGCAUUCUGCUGCCGUUGCUAGAUGAAGAGGCGUAUGGAAUGCGCAAUGCUGUCCUAUCUACGAUGUGUGAAAUCUCACUUCAAGUUCUAAGUCAACCUGGAGGAGAUCUAUCACAGCGCAACACCCGUGACCAGUUCCUGGAUAAGUUGGAGGAACACAUUCACGACGUACAUGCUUUUGUACGCAGCAAGUGCCUGCAGCUCUGGCUGAAGCUUUGCAAUGGCAAGGUGAUACCACUUUCUCGCCAGCAAACACUCUUGGAUCUAACUAUUGGCAGGCUUCAGGACAAGUCAGCGUUUGUUCGUCGCUCCGCUGUUCAACUGCUUACUGCCAUGCUAAGAGGGAACCCGUUCGCCGCAAAGUUGUCUAUCGAUGAAUUGAAGCAACAAGAGACUCGAGAAAAGAAACGUUUGUUGGACUUGGAGCAGGCAGCAAAUUCGAAAGAAUCUGAUGAUGCACCAGUCAUGUUGCCGGAGCGCCAGUGGGAGGUCAUGUCGUCGGACGUGGAGAAGAAUCUUGUCGAGGCCAUGGACAAGAUGAAGAUAUCCAUUGGUGAUGAUGGCAGCGAGGGAGAGGAGGAGAAGGAAGAGGAAGAAGGCGAGGAGUCUGGUGAUGACACAAUGCAUGCUGAUGCUGAUGUUCUAAGAAUGGACCAGCAACUUGAUUUCCUGUUUGACCCAGAGUGUGAGAAGAAUGCUGAACGGGUCAUUGAGGAAAUGACACAAUCACUGUCCAGUGGCAAGAUCAGGGAGGCAUGCUGUUUGCUAGUCAGGGCACAUCAAACCUGGCCGGACAUGGAUGCGUUUGACUGGUCAUCCUCCUCACCACUACCAGGGGAAGGCGAAGAAAGUUCAGGAACACAGAGUAAAGUGCUUCGCAUCGCCAUCGAGAAGCUCCGUACCGUCUUCCUUGCCGCCUGUUCAGAUCAGGAUGGUAAUGUGCAAGUGGACUUGGAGGAGCUGAUUGCACGCACGGGCGAGCAGUGUGCGCAGGGUGCUAUGUCGGCCAUCUCCGCCGAGCAGCUCACCAAACAAGCUAUGAUCGUCAAGUAUCUAGCUGACGCUGUGAUAUUCUCUGAGAAGAUGCAGAAUGCAAUACCAAUCCUGUGUCAGCUACUUGGUUCAAAGUCCACCACCGACAUCAUGGAAGCCGUGGAGUUCUUCGUGGCAGCCCAUCAGUUCGGCUUAGCUGCUGCGUCCCAGGGCGUGCGCAAGAUGAUCAUGUUGAUGUGGAGCAGUGAGGAGAAUGUCAAGACUGCUGCCGUGGAGGCGUACCGUCGACUGUACCUACAGCCUAUGGACAUCAAUGGUCACCGCGUCAAGUCAUUCAAUGCUACCAUUGCCAACAAUUUGAUUCAGCUGACGUCAGACAUGACAUUGGGUGAAGUGACGUCAUUAGAAGCAUUGAUCAUGGAGUGGAUGAAGUCUAACUCUCUGCCAGUUGGAGUUUUGAAUGUUCUUUGGGACAAAGUAUCGGGAAAGUCAUCGUCGGUCAGUGUGAAUGAUUCGCGUGUAGCGCUGCUAUUACUGGCCAUGGCUGCUGGGCAUGAGCCAGCCAUUGUCCGGAACAACCUCGACAUUCUGAUAGAACACACCCUUACCCCUAACAGCGCUGGUAACGUGGACUGCACGAAAGUAUCCAACGCAUGCCAGGCACUUGUCAAACUGGUGCCUGUUGCCAAGAGAAAGGGCACGUUUGCCAAGCCCAUGCGUUACCCGGCCGCACACAAGAUUUUCCAGUGCCUUCACUCCAUACUGGUGUCCAGCGUAAACGAAUGCGCCUGUGACGGCUGGAUAAGCAUGGCAGAGCAUGCCGUCAGUGCUAUCUAUGCACUGGCUGAGCAGCCAGAUCACCUCAGCGGACGCAUACUCAAUGCAAUAUCUACACAAGUUGUCGGUGCAGCCCUGGACGGUUUGGAAUCACCGAAUGCAUCCCAGCUCGACUUCUCUCUCGGUGCUCCCCUUGCGGAGUCUUCACAACGAGAGGAUGACAGCAGUGAAUCCCUACUAACCAAGGAGACUCUAGCCUCCACCAAACUCCUUCAGUGUUCCUCCCUUGGUCUGGCACGCUUCACAGCAUUUGCUGGACACGUUGCACUGAAACAACUUGUCCAUUUGGAGUAUUCUUUAUUGAAUGAACUCAAGCGACGGCGUCUCCAAAAGGAAGGAGACGAAGAAGAGAAGAAAGCCGCUGCAAAGAACGAUGUCGACAAGAGUGUUUCGCCAGGUCUUGAGUUAUCUAAGUCAUCCUUCUCCACGGCAGCAGAAGCCACCACGGCCGAGGAGGAGAUGGGCUUGAGUGGUGCCACUGCUGACGAUGCCGAGGCUGAGGCAAUACGGCGUGUGUGCGACGGGCAGCUGGUGUGUGGAGAGCGUGCCAUGCUGUCACGUGUACGCCCACUGCUCGUCUACAUCUGCACCAAUCCGGCCAUGUUCCCGGACACACGCCUGCAGACGGCCGCCGCACUCACCCUCUCCAAGUUCAUGCUAGUCAGUGCUGAUGUGUGCGAGGAACAUCUAAGACUGUUUUUCACCGUCAUGGAGAAGUCACCGGAGGCUGUCAUUCGUGCCAAUAGCAUCAUCGCAGCUGGUGAUUUGACAUUCCGAUUUCCUAAUCUGAUCGAGCCGUGGACUCCAAACCUUUAUGCCAGGCUGCGCGACACAUCAGCGCAUGUUCGUAAGCACACGGUUAUGGUGUUGACUCAUUUGAUUCUGAACGACAUGGUCAAAGUCAAGGGUCAAAUUAGCGAAAUGGCAUUGUGCUUAGAGGACGAGAAUGAGCAAAUUUCUAAUUUGGCAAAGCUUUUCUUCAUGGAGCUGGCAAGGAAGGGUAAUGCCAUUUACAACAUUCUGCCUGACAUCAUCAGCCGUCUAUCAGAUGUGAAAGUUGGAGUUGACGCGAAGGCCUUCCGUCAGAUCAUGAAGUAUUUAUUCUCCUUCAUUCAAAAGGAUCGCCAGUGUGAAAGUUUGGUGGAGAAGCUCUGCCAUAGGUUCCGCUCCAUGACCGUGGAGCGGCAGUAUCGCGAUCUGUCGUUCUGCCUGUCGCUAUUGUCGUACAGCGAGAAGGGUAUCCGGCGACUGAUGGAGAACUUCGGCUGCUUCCAGAACAAACUUGCUAGCAGCGAGGUGUUUUCUGACUUCAUGUCCAUUAUCAACAAGACACGGAAAGCACUCAAAGCUGACCAAAAAGUGGUCGUUGAUGAGCUGGAAUCUAAGCUUGUUGAAUGCCAUGACAAGGCUGCACAGGAUGAGGAAACUGCUGUAAAAGCCAGUUCACACUCGUCUAAGUCAGCUGCUGCCGCCGCUGCAUCCAACAAAAGCACCGUCUUAAAAGAGGUGCAAGAGCCAGAUGGCACUACGCCCAGAGUACCCCCGGCAUCAUCGAAAACAAGGCGUACGCAGCGGCGCACUGUCAGGAGAGCGUCCGACAACGUCCAUGAAUCGCCAUUGGCAUCUCACAGGAAACCGGCCCAAACCCGCGCGGCAACAGGGAACAACUCCUCGCCCGAAAUCACUCGAAAGCCUAAAUCAAGCAGGCGGCGUGUUUUGGUUUUGUCUAGCGAAGACGAUGAGGACUUCGAUGUCACGGGCGUUGAUGACGAGCUUGUUGAAAAUAUCGAUCCUGGUCUCAAGAGACUGAGCCUUGCUGACACACCAAGUACGAAAGCCUAGUCUCUUUAUCCUGGGAACUAAGGCAGUAUAGUACACUGCGCUGUGCACCCGGCAAAAGGCAACAAACCUACCAGUCUGUAUGGACAUCUCUACAGCUCCAUGCACGGGAACCGGUAUGCUAUGAUGUUCUUAGUCGCUCACUAUGUAGCUACAGCAGCAGCAUGUUGUUGUCGGUUAUUGUGUUAUACUUCUGUUGUAAAUAUCUUCUUUCUUUGUACAUAGCAGUAAUGCGGUUGUCUCCUGGCAACCUGCUGCAUCUUCUCGCUGCAUCUCUCUGCGCCCCCGCCACUCCUAUCCCUUUUGCGCGCAUGUAUGUGUGCAUGUAUACCAUGCAUAUAUGCAUGUGUGUGCGUGCGUGUGUGUGUGCAUGUGUCACCGUGUGUGUGUGUGUGUGUGUGUGUGUGUGUGUGUGUGUGUGCGCGCGUGUGCGCGCGUGUGUGUAUCACUGUGUGUGUGUGUGUGUGUGUGUGUGUGUGUGUGUGUGUGUGUGUGUGUGUGUGUGUGUGUGUGUGUGUGUGUGUGUGUGUGUGUGUGUGUGUGUGUGUGUGUGUGUGUGUGUGUGUGUGUGUGUGUGUGCAUAUGCAUGACAAUUUACGUCCAGCAUGUCCAGAGCCUACCAUGCCACCAUGUGGUUGCCCAUACAUGUAAUAGGCAAGUAGCAUGAAACUCAUGAAAACAGCAUACUGUCAUUAUUCUCUAACAGCCACUUUAUACACUGACUGUGUAACAACCAAUAUACAUCCUUACCUAAUGCUAGAUAUUAGGUACUUUUUUCUUUAUCCUAACCUGCCUUGGCUACAUUGACUUCACCGAAUUCCACAGCCAGAUUUCCUAAUCAGCAGCAUUCUCUUGAAAUGAACUGAUCGCCUGCACGUCACUAUCGCAGUGUGAACUAUUUUCUAUGGUUUCGAGUAUGUACAGUCAUUUA